GCAACCGAGAUGCAGUUUGUGACGAAGCCGUGGUCAAGAUCGGGUAUUUGGGGAGGUGUCGAUCCGGUUAUUUAAUCUUUUUCAUCAAAACAGCUAAUGUGACCACUGUGCCAUGAAUUUAGGGGAUGGUUUAAAGCUUGAAACACAGUUUUUGAAUGGAAAACCUAAGUUAAUUUUAGCACCUUAUGAUGUUUCAUCAAAGGAAACUAAGAAGAUGAAAUACAAGAACAGGACAAUACAUCCACUGAAGUCAAAGCAAAUUUUACAAGUUGCUUCGUCUCAUGAGAAUAAUUCUAAGACUGAGAAGCCUUUGCUGAAACCUGUAACUGACACCAUUGGGAAAGGAGAAAGUACGGAACAAUGGAUUACAGAUAAGAAAGCAGACAACAAAAGUAAAAGCAAUUGUGAAACAACUCCCUUAAGUAGACAGCCUGGAACAAAGACUUCUGUGAAGCAACUUGGCAUAAUGAAGCAAAAGGCUCCAAAGAAACAUAAGAUCUCAUCUGAAGAAUUGAGAGAAAAUUUGGUAUGUCUGACUCAAAAGCAACUUCAACAGAUUUUGUCAUCUGUAAGUCAAGCAAACAAAAAUUCCAACCAAAAGCAGGAAAGGGACAAAAGUACAAAAGCAGGUAAUGGAAUUAAGGAAACGGAAGUCACAGAUAAGGAGCUUAAAAAGGGGGAUAAUUCAGCCUUGCUGCAUGGAGUUGGUUCCAACAAUACUGAGAUGUCAGAGGAUAGUUCAUGUCAAGAACCCCAAGCAGCUACGACAGCUGGAGCAAAUGUCGAACAAGCAGACAUCAUACAAACUGAAAAUACAGGUAAUAAGGAGACUUCAAGCAGUGCAAUCAGCCAUACCAAAGAUGGUCUUUUUGGAAACCUUGGGGAAAGAGAAAAUGCAAAAGAUCAGCUGGAAGCCAAGAGAAUCCAAUGGAAGAAAGAAUUAGAUGAGCAGGUGGCUUUAAAGAAACAGCAACAAAAAAAAAAUGAAGAUGCAAAAUAUUUGGAAUGGAAUCCAUGGGGAAGACAGGGUACAGGGACAUCCAUGCAAUCCAAUACAAAGAACAUACUUGAAACCUUUAAAGGAAAGGCAAGUGUAUCUGUUGCAUCUGGCUACCAUAAUGAUAGUCGAGUGAUCAGCACUGCUCCAACUGUGACAAAUACUUCAAAAUCAGAUGUUCCUUCAGAUGGUCCUAUUGGAAAAGCUUCCAGCUUUAGUUUUCCAGAUUUGCCUGCCGCCAUUCGUUCAGCCUUUGUCCUUGGGGGAUAUUCACCCCAAGACCAUCUUUUCAGUGCAAUAAAACGUGAACAGCAAAAAAAGUGGCUCCAAGAGCUUGAUAAGCAAAGAGAAGAAGAAAAAGAAAGGAAGCUGAAAGAGAAGUUAAAAUAUGCUGGGGGUGAUCAUCAUAGCAGAUGGGCCAUGCACUUUGACUCUUACCAGAAAAAAGCUCAGCAGCAAAUUCCAGUUUCUGAAAAUGUCCUUGGAUCAACAAUGGAAAAAUCAUCUACAUCAGGGGAUGGACAACCAGGGAUUUUAAAAAUUCAGCAGUUUCCUGCAGUGGCAUCUCCACUACCUGGUCAACACAUCUCUUCUACUGGAGAAGAUACGGGGUUCAUGGUGGGUGACACGGGAUCUGAUUUGUCCAACACACAGAAAUCAAGCUUUUUGCGAACCAUGACUGCCUUGUUGGACCCAGCUGAGAUUGAAGAAAGAGAUAUACGGCGAAAAAAACAACUAGAACAUCAAAAAGCCAUAGCCAUUCAGGUGGAGGAGCGGCGUAGACAGAGACAACUGGAAGAGGAUAACAAACGAAAAGAAGAACAAGAAGAAGAACUUCGUCUGGCAAAAGAGAGAGAGAGGUUGAGACAACAAUAUGAAGAAGAAACUCGGACUCAAAAGGAAAAAGAAGAGCUUCACAACCUUAAAACCAAUUUGCUCUAUGAAAGUAUGCAGAAGGCACAAGAAGAAGCAAAAAGACAGAAACAGGAACAGCGCAUUAAAGACUUAGUGCGCAAAGGACAUGACAUUUCAAAUCUGCAGAAGAAUGUGGAAGGCACUGCAUGUGAUGUGAGCUCCUGUGCAGCACCUAGUAAUCUUGAUUCUGAAGCUGCUAGUGAGGAACUGAGACAAACCUUGGUAACUGAGAGGUCUUCUCGAAAGGACAGGGGAAUCCAGACUGAGGCGCUUGAGUUGAGUGGAAAAGUUGAGUGUGAUAUACACAACAUACGAAUUGCAGACCAAGGUCAAGGAAUCACUACAUCAGAUGCAGCCACAGAACAUAAUGAAUUCAACAAGAAGCACGCAGGAAAGAAGUCAAAAACAAUUGAAAAGAUGAUUGUAACUGGAAAAGAGAAUUGUUUACAUUCUGAUGAUUUAUACAAUCAGUCUGCAAGAACAAAGAAGGGAAAAGAUGAGAAACGCCCAGAAUGGAAUACAAACAAAACAACUAAAAAGUAUAUCCCUGCUUCACAACGAUACCCCAAAGGUUUGCAAGUGGAGAGGGAAGAAAAAAAAAUGAAAAGGCAAAUGGAGUUGCUGCAGUUAUUGGAAAAGAAUGCCCCUGAUCAAAGACCUAAGAAAAAGCAGACUUCAAAAGAGUUGCCAACAGAGCGACUACCUUCACCAGUGGUGCCAGCAUUACAAGCAAAAAUUUCUCUAUCUACCCGACCUGUAGAAAAGCAAGGACUGUCCGUUUUGAAGAAGGAAGAACCUAUCAAAAGGAGCAACUCCAAUAACAAACUAACUGACAAAGCUUACAGUUGUGAAUCUCCACCAGUUCCUGCACUAAGAAACAAACAAGUGCAACUGGAGCAGGACCUACUGGCAGUUCAAAAUGUUAAUCCAGAUGAAUGGUGCCAAAGGGCUCCUCUUGGUAAUGAAUCAGAGCAUGAUGGACCACCAUCAUUCAACUUUGUUCCUUAUGUGCGCUCAGAUGAAGUGUAUCAUUUGGAUCCUGAUGCUCCAAUGUCAAGGCCUUCAACAGAUGACCCACAGUACAAGCGUUGCAGUGUUACGGAUCACUUGCAGCAUCAAAGCUGUAGUUUUGACAAUCCUAGAGAUCCUCUUCUCAACCCUGAUCUGCUGAGAAACCGGGAACGGCAGCAAGCUAUUCUCAAAGGCCUUUCAGAGCUUCGUCAAGGUCUAAUGCAGAAACAGAGAGAGCUGGAAAUAGCCAGUCCUAUGCAUCAAGAGGAGCAAUCUUCAAGAUCUUGACAGAAUUUAUGAUCAUUUGGAAAUUCUGCACCAUCGUGCCCUCCUAACUAGCACCCACCUUCCACUUGCCAGGCUGCUAAAUGAUAUACUAAAACUGGUGGAUAAAAUAGUCAAAGGAUUUCGUUAUAGCACUAGGAACUUGUAGAUUGCUUUUUUAAAAUCUACAAACUCUUAAUUUCAGACAAUAAAUCAAAUCUCCCUUUGAUAUAUGGCAUAGUACAUGAGAACUGUUAGGAUGGGUAGGUUCUGUUAAUUCAAUCUUUAAGAGCUUCCCAAAGCACCCUUGAGCAUUUCACAAAAUUCUUCAUGUACAAUUUUUUCUUACAGGAAUGGUGUUCAUUGUUGGAAUGUUGUAGGAUGAACAAAGAUUUAAGCAGCUGCAUAGAGAUUUUUAUUUUUUGUUCCUGGAAUUGUUUGAUAUUUUGGGAAAAUUAACGACUUAAAAGAUUUCUACUUAUGCCUGCCCAAAUGAAUAACAACUAGUGAGAAGAACUGAAGUUUCAAAUAAUUUGUUCUUAAUAUCUAGGGACUGCUGGCAAUGCUAGCCAAAUCUGACAAAUAAGCAUACCAAUAUUGGGUUAUGAUCUUGAACCGCUGCACUGUUUUUAGUAUAUUUAAAAUUGAUGAGUACUCCUGCUAUUUUACCGAAGCUGGGAUUCCAUGUGUGGAAGUAUAUUUGCAAAGUAGAUUUGAAAUGAGGAAAAGUUUACAUUUUGAAGGCUUACACUCAAGGUUUAGGAUAAGUUAGCCUAAAAUACUUUUGUACAUUUUUCCCUUUCAAACACAAAUUGAGACUGGCUUGUUUCAAAAUAUCUGGAGUUUUUUCUAGUUGUUGCUAAUUUGUUUUUAUAGUUUUAUUUAAAUAAAACUUCAAUUAUGUAAUUAGUAUACUAUUUAUGUGAAAGUAUUGUUUUUAACUCUUCAAAUAAAGUGUUAUUGAU